UAAAUACUAAAACUUGAGCAUUUUACAGACAAAUCUCCAGAGACUGCUUCAAGCCUUUGACAAGAGAGUUACACACAGAAGAUCGAGUGGCACUGCGAUGAAAGAAGACGCUGCCAAAGCAGGCCUCCACAAUGGCACCAGCCAAGCCAAGGACCUGCUUCCCCCCUCGGAGGAGAAGAUGGAGGAGCGGGGCCAGUGGAGCAACAAGAUAGAAUUUAUUCUGUCGGUUGCAGGCUCCAUCAUCGGCCUGGGCAACAUGUGGCGCUUCCCUUACCUCUGCUACAAGAACGGAGGAGGUGCAUUCCUCAUCCCCUACCUGAUCUUCCUCUUCACCUGUGGCGUUCCUGUCUUCUUCCUGGAGACUGCUCUGGGCCAGUACACCAGCGAGGGGGGCAUUACAUGCUGGAGAAAAAUCAGUCCCUUGUUUGAAGGUCUUGGCUAUGGCACCCAGGUGAUUGUGACUCUGUUGAACUUUUACUACAUCAUUGUUCUGGCCUGGGGGAUUUUCUACCUGUCCUUUUCCUUCUCCUGGGACCUGGCCUGGUCAUCCUGCAACAACUCAUGGAACACAGGUAACAAAUGUGCUUCCAAAUGCAUUAGAACUUCCACUAAUGUUUUUGAUACGUUUAAGAAUUUCUACAUUCCCCCCCCAGAAAACUGCGUGGAGUUUCAGAGGAGAAACACCUCAAUCAACCAAACAAUUAACCUAAACAUCACUUCUCCUGUCAUCGAGUUCUGGGAGAGAAGAGCGUUGAGGAUUUCCCCAGGCAUUGACCAGAUGGGCUCUCUGAACUGGGACCUGGCCCUGUGCCUGUUCAUCGCCUGGGUCAUGUGCUACUUCUGCAUCUGGAAGGGGGUGAAGUCCACGGGAAAGGUGGUCUACUUCACUGCGACCUUCCCCUAUGUGAUGCUCAUUGUGCUGUUGAUCAGAGGGCUCACCCUGCCUGGCGCUGGCAUCGGCAUCAAGUUCUACCUUUAUCCAGACCUGGGACGACUGGCGGACCCCCAGGUCUGGAUGGAUGCUGGCACCCAGAUCUUCUUCUCCUAUGCCAUCUGCUUAGGGGCGCUGACUGCUCUAGGGAGCUACAACAAAUACAACAAUAACUGCUACAGAGACUGCCUGUCGCUGUGCUUUCUGAACAGCGGCACCAGUUUUGUGGCAGGCUUUGCAAUCUUCUCCAUCCUGGGUUUCAUGUCUUACGAACAGAAUGUUCCCAUCUCAGAAGUGGCAGAAUCGGGUCCGGGCUUGGCCUUCAUAGCUUACCCCCGCGCUGUGUCCAUGAUGCCUUUCUCUCCUCUGUGGGCUGCCCUCUUCUUCAUCAUGAUUGUGUUUCUGGGGCUUGACAGCCAGUUUGUGUGUGUGGAGAGCCUUGUGACGGCGAUUGUCGACAUGUACCCUGCUGUGUUCCGACGUAAAAACCGCAGGGAGCUCUUCCUGUUAGGUGUUAGCCUUUUCUCCUUCUUCAUGGGCCUCAUCAUGCUAAUGGAGGGAGGCAUGUACGUCUUCCAGCUGUUUGAUUACUAUGCAGCCAGUGGCAUGUGUCUUCUUUUCAUGGCCAUCUUUGAGACUGUCUGCAUUGCAUGGGUCUAUGGUGCAGAUCGCUUUUAUGACAACAUUGAGGACAUGAUUGGCUACCGCCCAGGACCUUACAUCAAGUACUGUUGGUUGUUCUUCACCCCAGCCACAUGCAUUGGUACCUUCGCUUUCUCCCUCAUCAAAUACACUCCCCUAAAGUACAACAAUGAGUAUGUAUACCCGUGGUGGGGCUAUGUCAUUGGCUGGCUGCUUGCUCUCGCCUCAAUGGUCUGCAUCCCGCUUUGGAUGGUGUACAAGAUCAGCACCACCCAGGGGACAUUCAGAGAGCGCAUCCAGCUGCUCAUCACACCAUGUGACAGCUUACCCAAAACCAAGAGGGAGCAGGAGAGGUUAUUGGCCAUCUUUGCUCCUGGGGGAGAUGCCACCUUGACUACAAAUGGCUACUAUCCUGUCUCAGAGAGAGACUCCAACUUGUGAGGCCCCCCCGUGGUGAUGUGUACUAGAAAGACAUGUGGGGUUUUGGUUCCAUUCUUGACUUGCUGCACCCUUGCCUCCAUCCCAAAGAUAAGAGCAGGGAAAGAUACAAUAAAGUGUCACAUCACAUACUUUAAUACAAGACAGAUAUGGAGGACUCAGGAGCUAAUAGGCCUACAGUGUGUUGGGUUUGCCUGUACAUUUCAGGGAUGGUAGCAAUAUGAUAAAAGAAGGAUAAAGAAAAAUAAAUUAAAAAGUCAUUUAUUGUUUGUCAUUUAUUGGAUUACUUAGAAGUUGUAGAGGGGACAAGGGCAUUUAUUUCAGGGACAAAAGUCAUUUACUCUCUCAAACUGUAAUCUAUUUCACAGAUGGUGUAAAUGAAUUAAUUCAAGGUCAGCCUUGUCCAUCUCAUUCAAAGGUGGAAACUGUAGAGACUGGCACACAGGUUCUACCAGAAGUUACAAAAUAGGCCUAAAUGUUGCAUAGUAAGGAUGAAUUUUGUCCAAAUAUAACACAGCCAAAUCACCACUGAAAAGUGGGCUGCAUGUCUCCUUGUGUAUCUGACAUCACUUCAUGACUACAUAGCCAUAUUUGUAUCAUAUAUUGUAUUAUCAAAACUGAUUGGUGGAAUUUUCCAUAUUGUAUUUACAAGAAUUGAAAUAAAAUGUUAUGUGUGGUGGGAAGAUAUAAUGUCAGUGAAAAUUAUAAUACUGUAGCAAUGCAAUAGCUGUAGGACUAACUUGAUAAUGUAGUUUCAUAUUUUAUGCUGUAACAUAAUGUGACUGUACAAAGAAAUGUGAAUCUUGUAAGUAUGUUUUUAAAUAAACAUGCAAAAUUG